AUGUCGUCUGAUUUAUUUUAUGAUGGACUAAAUAAUAAUCAUGAUAAUCACCAUGAUAAUUCAUCUGGUAUCGGUACCGAUAAUGAAGAUGAAGAACAUGGAGAUAAUCCAUCAUCAGCUCCGAGACGAUCAAGAUUUUUUCGUUCAAAACGGAAACAACGUUUACGAGACGAACAAUCAAUAACCGAACCCAAUUCUGUUGACAACUCUGCUAUUCCCACAAACGACGUUCCUGUAAAUGCUGAUGAUUCACAUGUGGAAAAGACAAACGAUGAUGAAAAAAAGUCGGAAAUAAAUGAUAAAGAUUCAGAUUUAUCCGUACCAGGUGGAGAUGUAUUUCUAGAUAAACUAACAGAUCUUGACACUGAACGUCAAACUUAUUUAGCAAAAAAAGCUACAUCACAUGAAAAUGAAGUGGAUAAUGUUAGUAAUACAGUAAUUUCGACAUCGAAUAAAUCACCAUUCUUAUUAAAUACUUAUGAUGAUGUUGAAGAUGAACACAAUCGAUCUGUUUAUACUCGUCAUCAACGUAAAAAAUCUCAAUCAGUCAAAUUAGUUAAAGUAAAUCCAAAUGAGACACGUGAAAGAAAAGUAGUACGUUUUGCAGAUGCAAUGGGACUCGAUUUAGCUAGUGUAAAAAUUAUAGCCACAGAUGAAUUACCACGGGUUCCACCAGCAGCAUUUAAACAUUUAAACAAAGAAGAUAAGAAUCUAAAUGAUAAUUCGGAAACAGAAAUGCGAACAGUUGUUUAUUUAACACCAUUAUUUGAUAAUCCUAUGCAUACAAACAUGUUUCAUAGUCGUUUAUAUAACGAAAAAGUUGUGUUAGAACAAGCAAAUGCUAUCGAUAAUAAAAUAUAUGGUACAGUUAAAUUAUUUUCAUUUGGCGUAAAUAAAACUGUACUCAUUCGUUUAACUGUUACAAAUUGGGAAUCAUACAGUGAUACAUCAGCAACAUAUAUUCCAAAUUCAAAUGAUGGACUUUAUGAUCGUUGGACAUUUGUACUUGAAAUUAAUCGAGAAAAUAUUAAAGCCGGAAAUAUUUUACAAUUUGCCAUUUGUUAUGAGACAUUAGGCGAAGAACAUUGGGAUUCAAAUCAUGGAAUUAAUUAUAAGUUUGAAUGCAUUUCGAGAAAUAUACCAUAA